AUGAAUAAUGAAAUUAUUUUAAACGAAAAAUUAGAAGAACUAAAAAAUUUGAUAUAUGUUGAUGAGACACCUUUUAAACAUCUAGAUUUUAAAGUACCAUGUGUUCCUUGCUGUGUUUUACCUGGUCUAUCUUUCCUGAGUGCAAGAGCUAUGGAAGAAUAUAAAAACGGAUAUAGAAAAGACGAAAUAAAUGAAAAUGAUGAGAUAUACAUUGAAUAUUUUUAUGCAAAAAGAUUACAUAAAAAUAAUUUAGUAAAAAUAAGAUUUCCCGAAUACUAUGAAAUGGCAGGAGCACUUUUAUCCGAUGCGACUGCAGCAGCUGUUGGAAAUUUGAGUCAUCUUUACUUUGAAUUAGGAAAUGAAUUAUGUGAAAUAUUACCAGAAAACGAAUGGCCUGUUGAAAAAUUAGAAGAUUUAUUAUUAAUAGCAGAGAUUAGAAGAAGACUUUAUUUAAUCAAGCAUAAUGAUCAAGUGGAUCAAACAUAUUUAGAAGGAAUGACAUAUAUGGAAAGGAAAAUGUUUAAUUCAUUCUCAAUGGGAACAGAUUUAGAAAAAGAAAAAGCUUCAUCAAAUAGAGAUAUUUUUAAUUUCUUUGAACUUGACUUAUAA